AUGCCACCUCCAUGGUCCACGAACCCAGCUCCCAAGACAGAGUCCGCCCGCGAAGCCCGCAAGUCUUUCUACUGUGAGCUCUGCCAAAAGGGGUACAGCCGGAUCAAUGAAUUCGAGGCACAUGAGGGGAGCUAUGACCAUCAGCAUAAGAAGCGUCUCAAAGAAAUGAAACAAAUGUCCCGUGAUCCCCUCGCGGCCGCAAAAGCACGCAAAGCCGAACGUCGGGCCGACGAAAAGUCCGGAGGCAUUACCAUUAAGCCCGUGUCUCUCCCUUCUGCGGAAGCCACGAAACCCACAGGCUUCAAGAAGGGUGGGUUCAAGAACGCUUUUGGGAGUGCUGACGACGACGAAGAAGAGACGGACGAGAAAAAGCAGACGAAGGCAGAGCCAAGGGUGGAAGGAUGGAAGGUGGCAGAGCCGGUCGAGAUGGAAAGUGAUGAGGAGUGGGGAGACUAUGAUCCGAGACGGCCGACGGGGUGUUGGGAGGGUUGUCCUGGUAGACGGUGA